AUGUGUCUCGAUGAAAAGACUUGUGGUCCGCAUGAAUUUCGCUGCAAGGACAACAACUGCAUACCGGACCACUGGAGGUGUGACGGGCAGAGCGACUGUAGCGACAAUUCAGACGAGGAGAACUGCAAGCCAGUAACAUGCAACUCCAAAAAUUUCAUCUGUGCCAACGGAGAGUGCAUCUCCUCACGCUUCCGCUGCGAUGGUGACUUCGACUGCACCGAUAACUCUGACGAGAGAGGCUGUGAGAGCCACUGCUCCGAGGAUCAGUUCCAGUGCCUGAAUCAUCUCUGUAUCUCAGUCAAAUGGCUCUGUGAUGGACAGGAAGACUGCAAAACCGGGGAAGAUGAGGCCAAUUGCAGCCCUGCCAACACUGUCAUGACAGCUCGGCCGACAUCAUGUGCUCAGAACGAGUAUGUUUGUGUUGGAGGAGGCUGCGUGUCGGCCGGUCAGCGCUGUGACGGACAAAAUGACUGUUCAGAUGGAUCUGAUGAGGUGGACUGUAUCCGGGAGUGUAAGGAGGACGAGUUCCUGUGUCGGAAUCGGGCACAUUGUGUUCCCGCUCGCUGGAGGUGCGACAGAGUCUUUGACUGCUUGGAUCAAAGUGACGAGGACAACUGUGACCAGGACCUGCGUGUGGUUGUUUAG